AAACAGAACAACAAACUUCAGCAGUGGAGCAAUGCGACUUGCUUAUGCACGUGAUAAUGGCUAAGGUACAGAGUACGAGAGCAAAGCUCUAUGAAACUAAAUCCACAGUAGCAGAUGAACCCACCGAGCAUGUGGAAUCUGCAGGUGACCGACUUAUCAAAGAGCUGGUCACUAAGCAGUUGGACAAAAACAUUACAUUAGAAGAGCAACUGCAAGACAAAAAACAUUUUGAAAAAGCCUCAGAAUAUUGUCCAUUUACAAAUUUAACAUCUGGGAAAAGCUCGCUGAAGCAGUUUGAAGAAACAGCCAAGAAAGCCGCCCAUAUAGAGGAUUUGAAGUCAUUUGGGCUCUCCAAUGAAGAAGUGGAAAUGGCACUAGAUUAUGAACUUGGGGAGGAUCAUUUCUCACAAAAAUACAAAAAAGUUGAAAAAUCUAUCCUUUCAUCACAACUGUUACUUAUACAUUCAAAAAUAAACAAUGGACUGAAUGAACGAGAGCAGGAAGUGGAGAAAAGGUUGUCAGUUGGAAGGCAUGAACAAGAAUUGAGUUUAUCUGUAAAGCCAGAAAGUUUACACACAAGGUUGUUGCAGUUUGCACUAUCCUGCAAGGCUACAAUUUCUGACCCACGGCCUGGUAAUCAUCCCAUUCAUCAUCUUAAAGAACUUGAGGAAGAGUUGUUUGGUUCUUUAAGAAAAAGACGUAAGAAAGAGAAAAUUACCUAUCCACAAAAAUCAAGUGCCCCUUCUGCUGUUGAAAAUUCACACUGCCAUUACAACUACGAUCACCAUUCAACACUUUGGGAUGUCAAAGAAAGCCCAAUGGGAAAAGAAGAUUGUAAGAAUGCCAAGAAAAAUACAAAACAGAUAAAUGAAACACGUGUGUAUACUUGUAAACCUGAAACAUUAUACACCAUAAAAGAUGGUAAAAUAGUGCAGUUAAAUGCAUUGCCCAAACAUAAAACUGACAUGAAAGAGAAAGAUACGUGUGGAGGUCAAGCUUUUGUGUUGUCAGAUGUAAAUAGCAGUGAAGUACAAGUAGUUUCAUUAAGUGAGAUUCAGAAUAACAGACUAAACUUGGAACAGAUUAAACAGCUACCUCGAUUCCAAAAUUAUGACAGAGGCUUACCAUCACCUGUGCUGUUUCUCAAGAAUUUACCUGGCUGUGUGAAAGAGUCAGAUCUGGUAUCAAUAUUUAACUUAUUUGAAUCAUCUGAAGACAAGAGAAUUAUCUACAGACUGAUGACUGGCAGAAUGAAAGGCCAAGCUUUCAUUACCUUUCCAACUACUGACAUGGCAACAAAGGCAUUAGAAACUGUUAAUGGUUAUGUCUUAAAGGGAAAGCCUAUUAUUAUACAAUACGGAAAGUCAUGCCCCACUGUAUGACUGAUCACAAGACAUUCACAGUCACCAAAGAUGAUCACUCACAACAGGUUAUCUGAUGACGGAGGCAGUAAUACAAAAUUCACCUGUUGAGUAGUACACAAAACCCGAUGAGGAAAGAGAAGUAAUGAAUUACAAGUCAAGUAAUUCAUAAUAUGACUGUUGCUAGAAAAUUGUCACCAGAAUAUUUGGUCAGCCUUGUCCUGAUCUUUUUACUAUGAUUCAUUCCUACUGUUUGAAAUGUUAAUGAAAGUAGAGAGACAGUUUGAGUGUUAUUGAAAUAGUGUUGUGCGUUUUUCAAGUUUGAUGAUCAAACUGUGUACAGUUAUAUGAGAAUUUAUGUUAGAUGGAGGCAGUGCUGUAAUUAGAACCAAGAAGUUUUUAAAAUGAAAAUCUUCAGAUGGGCAA